AUGUUCUCGAAGCUCGUCUCUAUCGCUCUCCUCACUGCUCUCGCGGGUCGAGCAUUGGCGUUCAAUGUCAGUGUCAACAAGGUCGUUUACCAGUCAACUGAGGUUUUCGACUUCAAUUUCACGCCCGUCAUUGCGAGUUGUCAAACGAAUUGCAACACCGCAAAAGCCACUAUCAAUGCCUGCACUGAUAUUGGCUGUUUCUGCGGAAACACAACCAUAACUGAGCUUGCGGCCUGCGAGCAAUGCAUUUUCACCGCCAUCGUCGAUGCGAAUGUGCCCCCACCGGAUGUCCGUGCUGGGUCGAACCAGGUAUUUGGACGGCGAAUUGCGCUGCGGCCAACCUUACCGUCAAAAUCGGUCUUGAACUGCCUACUUCUUGGAAUGGCCCUUUUGUUUCGGUGUUCCAGACAGCCAUAG